AACCCGGAUAAAGUGAGUAUAUAAAUGAGGAACGGUUGGCGAGCGGGUCAAGUUGUUUCAGCAGCGGCUAAAGACAAUAGCAAGAAAAUCUGUAUUUUGUACUGCGGUGUAAGGUUUUAUCUGAGAAAAAUAUAAAAUGGCUGGCGGUAAGGCUGGGAAGGACUCCGGAAAGACCAAGACAAAGGCUAUUUCGCGCUCACAGAGAGCAGGACUGCAGUUCCCAGUGGGUCGUAUCCAUAGACACCUGAAGUCCAGAACCACCAGCCAUGGUAGAGUGGGAGCCACAGCAGCAGUGUACAGCGCAGCUAUUCUUGAAUACCUCACUGCUGAGGUUUUGGAGUUAGCAGGAAAUGCAUCAAAGGACCUUAAAGUGAAGCGAAUCACUCCACGCCACUUGCAGCUUGCCAUCAGAGGAGAUGAGGAGCUUGAUUCUCUUAUCAAGGCCACAAUUGCUGGUGGAGGUGUGAUCCCACACAUCCACAAGUCUCUAAUUGGAAAGAAGGGCCAGCAGAAGACUGUAUAACCUGAGGUGCUCUGGAUGGUGUGAUGUCUCAGGAUUGAAGUCUGCAUCUGAAGUGGUUAAAUGUCUUGGAUCCAAACAUGUUUAGAAAUUUUUAUGGUUAAUCUUGCAUUUAUUCACCUGGGUUUUUAUUACCUUUUUUUCUGUCUCAAGUGGCUUCAAAGAAGCUUUCUUUCCCUUUUUUUCCUGGUGCUUCAGUUUGUUAUCCAUGCUGUGUGGCAUUCCCAUGUUUAAAGUGGUGUUUUAAUAAAGCCCUUGUUGGGCAUUUGUUCUGUUUUUC